CCCCCUUUGGUACGGGUGCUUGUGUGUGCAUUUUCACUGAAUGUGCAAGAGGACACUGUGUUCUCCUAUUCGGCUUUCAUCAGGCUGUCGUGCCUGUGUUUAUAAGAGGAGAGUGGAUGGAAAGAAGACAACAUUUUAAGAAGAUGUCUACGGCUGAUUUUGUGACUUUGUUGUUGCUGGGAUGUUUAGCCGUGUGUCGUGCAGCACCUACCACUGCUCCAGUAGUUUCACCGGAGGAUGAAAACCUGGCUCAGGCGUACGUUUAUGACUUCUACUCUGACGUUGGGAUGACAAACUCCUCAGCUCGAAGCCUCGCUCUCUCGAACUUCACCGAGGACCUACAGGCCAUGCAGUCUUUCUUUGGCCUGGAGGUGACCGGUGUCUUGAAUAACGAGACUGUUGAGGUGAUGAAGGCACCUCGCUGUGGCGUGUCAGACAUUAGCCGAUACGGACACUUCCAUGGGAAGCCCAGAUGGAGGAAAAGGCUAAUCACAUACAGGAUCACUCAGUACACUCCAGAUCUGAGCCGGAGUCAGGUGGAUGCAACCAUUGCUCAGGCCUUCCAGCUCUACAGCGAUGUCAUCCCACUGAAUUUCAAACAGAUCAACAGUGGCACUGCGGACAUCAUGAUCCUCUUCAAGGGUGGAUAUCAUGGGGACUUUUACCCUUUUGAUGGGGCCGGUGGUGUUUUGGCUCAUGCUAACUCUCCUGGUGAGAAUCAGGGAGGGGACACGCACUUUGAUGAUGAUGAAACCUGGACUCUUACCCGAAGAGGUGUGAAUCUGCUGCUCGUGGCGGCCCACGAGUUUGGCCACGCUCUGGGCCUGGAUCACUCCAGGGACAGACGAGCACUGAUGUUCCCCACUUACCAAUACGUCAACACGAAUGGAUACAGGCUGCCAGACGAUGACAGGCGUGGGGUUCAAGCCCUCUAUGGCAGCCGCCAACCAGUGCCCACACCAAAACCUAAACCACCUCCUCAACCAGAGCCUGAACCAGAGCCAGAGGACCCAACAGAGGAUCCAGACGUAGGUCCCAACCCAAAAGAUGAGCAGUGCAGCCGCAGUCUUGUAUUUGAUGCUGCCACCUCCAUCAGGGGAGAUCUAUACUUCUUCAAAAAUGGGUACUACUGGAGGAAGAGUUCAACUCAAGGACUCCGUUUAAUAAAAGUGAACACGAAAUGGUCACGAAUCCAAUAUGUUGAUGCUGCCUAUGAAGUCCCAAGCAAAAAUUUGGUCCACCUGUUUGAAGGUAAUCAAUACUGGGGCAUAAGAGCUUAUGCAAAGACAAUAAUGCCAGGCUAUCCAAAGCCCCUUACGGCCCUCGGUCUGCCCUCUUCAGUCAGAAAGGUAGAUGCAGCUGUCUAUGUGCCAAGGACUGGAAAAACACUAAUUUUUGUGAAUAACCAGUACUGGAGCUAUGAUGACCUCAGAAACCAAAUGGACAGGGGAUACCCACGAUACAUCUCUUGGGAUUUCCCUGGCAUAGGCUCCAAAGUGGAUGCCGCCUUUGAGAAUUACGGAUAUCUGUAUUUCUCAUCUGGCCCCAGACAGAUUGAGUACAACCUGGCAUACAAGACCGUGGUGCGUGUGCUGCUCAACUACGGCUGGCUCAACUGUUACUGAGAGACAGAGGAGGCACAACGACACAGAUGUCAACAUCUGAGAUGUGACUGCAGUUAAACAUCAUGACGUAAAAAAAAAACAUGAACAACUGUAAUAUAUUCUUAUGAGGGGGGGACAGUUCAGUUCAGAGACAGAUGUUGUUCUGCAAGUCUUACUGCAGCUGCUGACGUAAAUAUCGCAAAUACUCUAGAAGGCAAAAGUCAGUGACUGAUUAGCAUUCGAUUAAUUCAGUAAAUAAUCCUUGACACACUAAAGUUCUGUAUAAUGUUUUUUUUCCGUAUGGAUGAUGCAAAGGAAUGUGCUGAUGGUGGAUAUAUUUGCUCAGAGAUUUUUUUGUCAUUGCAGCGAUAAUGAAUUGCAGAGUUUUGAGUGUAAUGUGAGGAGUCCUCUGAACACGUCUCGGGGUUGCAAAUAAAUGAUAAAAUAGGCUAA